AUGCAAACGGGUUGUUGGUCCUUUUCUGCUGUUGCAGCAACCGAAGGAAUUCAUCAGUUGAGUACUGGAAAGUUGGUCUCUUUAUCAGAGCAAGAACUUGUUGAUUGCGAUACAAAAGGUGUGGACCAAGGUUGUGAGGGUGGUCUUAUGGAUGAUGCUUUCAAAUUCAUCAUUCAGAAUCAUGGACUCAGCACGGAAGCUCAAUACCCCUAUCAAGGCGUUGAUGGAACGUGCAGUGCAAACCAAGCAUCCACCCAAGCGGCUACCAUUACUGGGUAUGAAGAUGUCCCGGCAAACAAUGAGCAGGCACUACAAAAAGCUGUUGCAAAUCAACCAAUUUCUGUAGCCAUUGAUGCUAGUGGAUCCGACUUUCAAUUUUAUAAAAGCGGUGUUUUUACUGGUUCAUGUGGAACUGAGCUCGAUCACGGUGUCACUGCUGUGGGUUUUGGUAUCGAUAGUGAUGGAAGCAAGUAUUGGUUGGUUAAGAACUCAUGGGGAGCUGAUUGGGGAGAAGAAGGAUACAUUAGGAUGCAAAGGGGAGUCGAUGCUGCUGAAGGACUAUGUGGCAUUGCAAUGCAAGCAUCUUACCCUACUGCUUAAGUUCCUGACUUGAUAUUUAUGUAAAUCAAGCUAAAAUGUGAAUGACUGUGCAUUUAUGCAUUUAUCUGCUAUUAGCUACAUCUAUCAAUGUAUAUUAUAUACAUCUACUUGUGCAUUUAUAAAUACAAUGAAAUUAUUAAG